AUGGCGCCUUCGGCCAAAGCGCUCAAGGAGGCCCUCAUCGAGGGCACUUGCGCCGUCUUCAACCUGGAACCCGACGCGACCUCCGUCAACAAAGUGCGCCAUCACGUCGAGCAGAAACUGAGCCUCGAGGAGGAUUUCUUCUCGGGUCAAGACUGGAAGCAGAAGAGCAAGGAAAUUAUUAAGGAAUAUGUUGGCAAAUUGCAAGACGGAUGGGCGCCUGAAGAGAAGAAGACGGACUCGAAAGCACCCAGCAAGGGUUCAUCAAAGCCUGAAAACGCGGUAGAGGACGUACAGGGCUCCUCUUCUCCAGAUCGAAAGCGAAAGCGCGCAACGGCCGAAUCCUCCUCCGACGUCAAGGGCCAUGACGAAGACGAACCCAAUAAAAAGGCCAAAUCCGAGUCAAAAUCGCCAGACGCCGCUUCUGACGAAGAGGAAGAGUACUCGGACGUAAUUGAUGAGCCACCUACGUCGAAGCGCAAAAAAACCAAGAAAGAGCCCGGCCAAAAAGCCCCCAAAGCCGCAAAACCUGCCAAGGCGGCGACCAAAAAGACAAGCAGCAGAGCGGCAGAACCCUCUGAUCCGCUCGAGGCCGAUAUCAAGAAGCUGCAGGGCCAGCUGACCAAGUGCGGCGUGCGCAAACUCUGGCACCACGAACUCAAGGGCUGCGCCGAUGCGCGAGCCAAGAUCCGGCACCUCAAGAAGAUGCUCGCUGACGUGGGCAUGGAGGGCCGCUUCUCCGAGGCCAAGGCGCGAGAGAUUAAAGAGACGCGCGAGCUCCUGGCGGACGCGGAAGCUGCGCAGGAAAUGAACCGCCUCUGGGGCAUGGACUCGGGCCGGCGCAAGAACCGCAGCAAGAGCCGCGGCAUCAAGGCGACCGAGAGUGACGACAGCGAUACUGAGAAUGACACUGGCCACCACGAUGGUGGUAAAGAUGAUGACGAGGACGAGAAGCAGAAUGGCAACGGCGAGGAGGAAGAUGACGAGGACGUGGGCUUUGCGGCGCGGAGGCGCAGAGCGCAUGCGGACUUGGCUUUUCUCGGCGAUGAUAGCGAUUCUGAUUAA